AUGAACCUCUGCAUUUAUUCUCAGCAGUAUAAUCAAUUAAGAACUUUCAUUACCAUAAUAUUAUCUUCAGAUGCAAAGAGUACCCUUCAAAGGCAUCCCGAAUCGAAACGACGCUUAUCGCUAGGGCAAAACCCCAAGAAUCUAGAAGCCUUCUCCAAAACCCAAUCCAAGGGGAGAGAAAGGCACACAGACAACUUAAGAGACAGACAUAAGCAUGGUCUGGAUAUGACAAACACUAAACUCAGGGACCUAGAAGGUCCCCUUAAACGCAAAUCCAGAGAGAGAUACGCGGGCGAUUUCAGGAACGAGCAUACAUCUGUAAAAACGCGAUCUAGAAUUGCGGACCUUGACAAAGAAAGUAUGAAAGUCCUAGGUGCAUCAUUGGAAGAUGAAAGCAAAGAAAUGAUGAGGAUUGACGAGGAGCUCAGACGAAGCUUCGAUGAAGUACUGCUCAAAUCAUCACAGAUAAAGUCAAAUUUAAAACGGCUGAUUUCGACAACAAAGGAGCUCUUGGUCUUGAGAGGGGAGCCGAGGACGAGCUCUGGUGAUCUCCAAAGUGAUCUAGUGAGUUAUAAACAGCAGCUUGAUAUUACACAGAGGAAUCUCAAGAAAAUCAGAGAUCUUAAAUCGACUAUAGCUCCCUGA